AUGAUUGUCUGGACAGCCAAGAUGCUGUCUGAGCGUGUCCAGCCCGUCGCGGCCUUCCCGGCUCCGCCCGCGCCGCAAGUGUCUGAGAGCGGCCAAGAGUCUCGCCACGAGCCUGGGCAGGAUCAGUCCACGCCAGACGACGAGAUCUGGGACAGCGCGUCGGCCCAGUCGGCUCCAGCUGCAUUCCGCUCUCCUCUCGCAUCCGAACGCCGAUCACGGUCGCCGACACUCCGCCGCCGAGGACUCGGUACACCGUCCAUGCGCGACGACGAGCUUCCUCUCCAUCGCGGAGAGCGUCCCCGGAGCCAGUUCUAG